CGUAGUAAAAAAAAAAAAAUCAGUGUUUAAAACUCAGUGUACAAGAAAAGGUAGAUUCCAAUAAGACUGUUUUUCUUCCAUGCUUUAACCGUUGCUUUCCCUCCUCACCAGGUGGUGGCGGUAGUGCGCCACUGUGUGCCAAAUGCAAACAACAGAAGAAGAAAAAGGGGAAACGGGUCACUCCGUUGUAAACAGUUGGGUCUCGUCUAUACAGAUUCCGAGCUGCGUGUUUGUUAAACGUAGUUUUGGACCGCAGAUUAAGCUAACCGGUCCGGUUAUCGUGACUUCAGCGGACAGAAGCGGCCGCCCCGUCCUCCCCUGCUCUGGUGUUCCGGGCCGGAGCUCCUCCCGUCGCGCUCACCUCCACAGGUCUCCUCUCAGUAUGAAUCUGGUGGAAAACAAAUCUCUCCGCUCACACCUCCGGGACGAAGAGGCGGUGGUGGUGGAGAACGCGGUCCGGUUGGCGAUAGACUCUGUGCUGAACGUGCUGUACGGGGUGAACGGAGCCAGGACCCGGGAGUACCAGCGGAUGGUGGCCGACAGGGACAAAGAGAUCCAGCGGCUCGAGGGAAGGCUGACGGAGAUCGAGCGCGAGCUUCAAGUGCUGCGAGGACACGGCUGCACGUGCGGGCUGCUCCAGAGCGGGACCCGGAUCCCCGCUAACCCACAGACAGGGGAGCAGAUCCGGUCUGAGGCGGGAGGUUCGGGCCCUGAGGUGACAGGAGCACAGGACUGUGACGUCAGCCUGUCCUUGGGCAUUUAUGCCCGCCCCUCCUCUCACUUCCCCUCCCAUUACAACGAGUCGAUCGUCCCGUCAUCUCCCAGCUGCCUGGGUAUGAACUCCACCUGCACGUCGGGCUCGUCGGAGACCUCGGGGAUCGCAGAGGCUCUCCGAAACCAGCCUCCGACUCCCAGCAGCCUCGCUGUGAAGGAGGAGCCGUGCGACGUCGACGCGGUGCUGAUCGAAUGGGAGCUGAGUGAGGAGAGGGCCGCGGAGGCUCUGGAGCAAGCCGGCGCUCCGUGUCCCAACGAACAGAGUCCCGACAUCGAUAACCUUCCAGGUUGUUGUGCGCCGAGCGAAUGCGCUAUCCCUGCAGAGCAUCCGGAGGACAAUGAGGGGCAGAUGAUGAGGGAGAAAACUCCUGGGCAACCUCCUGGUUUUCAAAACGCGGCGGCAGAUCAGCUGAAGAACAAAAAGAAGAACGUUCCCACGUCGCAGCUGACGGAGGAGGCGCAGAGGCUGAAGAGGGCCGCGUGGAGAGCGGCUUCCAAGCGCUACUACGCCCGUAAGGUCGCCCGUCAGCAGGCCAGCCUCCAGCACAUCGGCCCCGUGGAGGACAGGAGGAGGAGGCCCGUUCCAGGUUUCCCUGAGGAGUCGCAGAUGCUGCGGACUUACGGCUGGAGAUCCGCCCCCAGCCGGCUCUACAGCAGGAGGACCCACAGCUUAUCGUACGGAGACCUGAUGGAGGACUUGAAACCUGAAGGAGUCCCGCAGGAGCCAAACGGAGAGGGGCCCCAUGUGAACGGUGGAGGGAUAAUGUGCAGCUGAUGAUUACGGUCACGCUUCAGAAACCAUUUUCUGUUUUCUGAUAACAUCUCAAAGGAAACUGGAGUCAAAUCAGAUUCUCUACUUAAUACAUCUAAACUAUAUUUCUACCUAAUAACUACUAAUGCAUCAGAUUUUAAUCCAGAAGUUUGGCUUCAAAUGAAACUGAUGUUUGGUUUUCCUUCCUGUCUUCGUAAAACACAGAGAAACGUGUUUCUUUAAACUGUCUGAACUCUUCUACAAGUCUUUAAAAGGAAAAGUCCGGUCA